GUAUUCCGAACCAGUUUAGUCGCGUCGAAGAAUAGGAAUUUAAAUGAAAACAUAGAAGUUCCUAACAACAUACCGCAUAGAUUAUCUAUAUAAUGGAGUAAUUACUGCUUAUUCCAGUUAAAUGGAUGAGGUUUGUGAUAGAAAACCUUCUGAGGAAGAUCUGCUCGGCUGUUGGGAGAUAGUGUCUUGCAAACUACAAGAAGAGAGAUACCCAGACGUCGAAGGGGUACAAUUCAGUUUAGAGGAAGGUGGUGAUCUGAUCUGGAGUGUGCCUCCAACAUCAGAACAAGAUACACUUCCUUUCUUUUCUUGUGAAACAUUUGUGGUCGAUGGCUUUUCAGGAGAGUUGGUUUGUUAUGGCAGCAAUGUUGACAAAAUUGCUUUAAGAUGUUCUCUUGAAUCAAACCAGCUGGUCUUGUGUUAUGACAGACAUUUAAAGUUGUGCUGUCGAAAGGUGGAUCAAGUGAACUCUACAAAUCUUUCACAUGGUCCAUAUUCCUUACUUUCUGCAUUGAAGGAGGGCUUUUUCACAGAUAUCACCCUUACUGCUAGCAAUGGUGAAAAGUUCCAAGCCCACAAGACAGUCCUUUCUUGUUUCUUUACUGAUGUCUGUACAUGGGACAAAAUUCCUCCUUUAUUAGAAAAUCAGCCAUCAGAUGUGCUAAGGGCACUGUUACAUUACUUGUACACCAGUUGUUUGCCAGCUGACAUCUCAGAUGAAACUGCAAAAGAGCUUCAAAAAAUUUCCCAGUUGAAUGGGAAGGAUAUUGGACAUCUAAGCAAGCUUUGUACUGAGUAUCUUGAAGCAACAGCUGUGAAAAAUAGGAUCAAAAGUCUUCUCAGUGACUUAUAUAGUAUAUUGGAGUACAUUUUACAAAUAUCAGAAUCUUUAGCCUCAGGAUUUCGUCAUGAUAGAACAAGUAAUGGAACUGUCAACACUGGAAAUGGAUGUAGGGUAGAUCCUCUAAAGAUAGUCAAAGUUACCAAAAUGUCACUGAGGCAACUAUCAAUAGGAAUGUUGAAGUUUGUUUUGCUCUGUGACAUUUUUACCAAACACAAGUCUGACCUAUCAAGAGAAGAGAGACAAGAUAUUAUUCAGCACUGUUGGAAGAGGUUGCCUUGUUUUGUGGAACUAGUGGAGAAAUUCUUGACAGUUUUCCAAGGUGCUUUAUCUGGACUCAGUGAGUCUGAGAGGGAAGACAUGGCCUUGCAUCUUAUUCCAGAGAUUGAGAAGAUUUGGUUAACAUCCACUCAGCUGGGAAGUGAUGCCAAUUGUGCUCUGGAGACAAUUACACGGAAAGUAGACAAAGAUCAUAAAUCGAAAACACAUCUUCCAAAGAUGGCAACUUCAUUAAGUAGAACGCUCAGAAAUGCAGUUCACCUUAGAGAAGUUAUAACACUUAAGAGAUUUCAUGAUAAGGUCUCAUCAUCACUUAUGUUUCUGCUGCAAAAAAGGGGGGAUUUUACUUCUUUAUCAGAAGAACAGAAGCUGAGGUCUGUGUUAAAGACCAUGGAUAAUAUGAUGCUAGAGAUACCAGAUCACAUUCGCACUCUCCAUAAAUUUCCAAGAAUAUUUGAGAAAAAGAUGCCAUGGAAGCAGUGGAAGUAUUUGUGUAAAGAGUGGACGUCAUUCGUGAGUCUUAGUUUACGAAAAGUGUUAGCAAACAAAGAUAUUCUUGAGCCGGUGGUGGAACAGACAAUUGCUUUAAUUCAUGAAGACCAGUUUACCAAUCUUGUUCAGGAACUUGGUUUCCGAAAGGAGAGUUUUAGUGAGGACAAGGACGAGGACAUCACUAGAGAAAAGAAGAGCAGAGGUCGUGUGGAGUCAGUAAUAACUUGUCCGCCGGCUGAUAAGAGCCCGCUGGCUCAAUCAGUCAACCAGCUAUUGAUAUCUGGAGCUCAUGCAGACAUGAAAUUUAUUUUUGACAAAACAGACUUAUCUCAUUACUCCGCAUGCACAGAGUGCAAAAGAAUAUGUGAUCAGAACGUAAUGGAGAUUGCUGCCCAUCGUGUUAUUGUAGCUACACGUUGUGAUUGGUUUAGACGGGCACUACUGAGUGGCAUGAAAGAAUCUAUAGAAAGGCGGAUUUUAAUUCCCGACACGAGUCCAUGUUUGUUCUACAAGUUCCUUGGUUAUCUGUACAGCGGUAUUCUUGAUAAGGACAGCCUUAGUUUGGACGAGCUUGCCGAGGUGAUAGCAUUGAGCGAUAAGUACGAGGUGGAUUCUCUAAAAGAAAUUUGUGAGGGAGUCUUACUUCGAAACAUCGAUGAAGAUAACGUUUUGCUGUAUCUUGGUAUGGCGGAGCAGUAUUCUGUGGCUCGUUUAAAGGAAGAAUCAUUUAACUACAUAACGUUGCAUCCUGAAGUCUUGGAAUUAGAAAUGUUUGAAGAGCUCCCUGGCACUUUGAAACAAAGUAUCGAGGACAGAAUUCGUCAAAACAUGCCACAGGCUAAACCAAUAACAGAGGAAGUAAAUCAGGCACUUGCUAUUACCCGUUUAGAAGAUUUUGAAGGCCUGCUCGAGGACGAUUUUGUUGAAUAUUCGGAGGACAGUGAUGAUGACAACGAUGAUGACGUCAUGCCACGUGGUAACAGUCAAAUAGAGCGUUGUAUUGAACAACUUCGUGAUGUCCUCGGAGAUGAUGUGCCGCGGAGAGAACUGGUACGAGUGACUCUUGCGGCGGAUUGUGAUCCAAACAGAGCUCUUAACUUUUAUUUCACUUAACGUUUUAGAGGAAAUUUCAAAGCUUAUUUCGGGUAUUUCACAUGAAAAUGGUAAAACUACAGUAGAACCUGUAUUAAGUGGUCACCUUGUAUUUUGCGGUCGGUUGUCAAAGUCCCGAAUUUGUUUCCCUCCAAUAACUGUUAAGCGGUCUUGGUCACCUUUGAGUAAGUGCCAUCGGUUAGUUUUUUUCCCACCUCUACUGAACGGUCACUUUAAGUGUAUCAGCUCAAAUUAAACUAAGAAUAGCCUUUUAAAUAAAAAUGAGUCCAUUUUAUCGCCCGAAAUCAAUGUUAGGGCAUUUUUGAGGGAUUUUUUUGUACAUAAGUGGUCAGUUAUGGCAUUAAACGGCGUUUACGUGGUACCCCUAUCCUGUGGAACCU